AAUGAAAGUAAUUUCAAAUCGAGUUGAAAUUGAAAUUACGGUCAUUUCAUGUCUACUAUAAAAAAGGAAAUCCAAAAAUACAAUGCUCGCAUAUAAACAUCUUAAUCAAUUACUUUUACCAAAUUAUCAAUCAGUUUUCUAUUGAUAUUUAAUUCCCAUGUUAACCAUACGAGGAGUAAAAGAACAUAAAAAAUAAAUUAUUCUUACUCCACAUUUAACUCCUCCAAACUAGUCCUACUACAUUUCAGUCUUGAGUGAAUUUGUUCUUCCACCUUUACCUCUCUAUUCUCUUCCUCUAUAUCUCUUUUCUGCAUUGAUACUUCCUAAGAAGCCGAAAGACUUGAAAUUUUCAUUCGUAUACUAAAUGGAAUCUGAUGAAGAAGCUGGUGAGUUUGAGAAUUCAGCUAGGGAAUCAUCGGAUAUUGGUGUAGGAGAUGGCGUCGUUGAGCCAAAUGAAGGUAUGGAGUUUGAUUCUGAAGAGGCAGCUAAGGUUUUCUAUGAUGACUAUGCUAGGAAGGUAGGAUUUGUCAUGAGAGUGAUGUCAUGUCGUCGUUCAGAGGUUGAUGGGAGGAUAUUGGCCCGUCGUUUUGGAUGUAAUAAAGAGGGAUAUUGUUUAAGCAUUCGUGGGAAACUUGGUCAGGUCAGGAAGCCAAGGGCAAGCACCCGAGGGGACUGUAAGGCCAUGAUUCUUGUGAAAUUUGAUAAGUCGGGAAAAUGGGUUGUCACGAGAUUUGUUAGAGAUCACAAUCAUCCAUUGGUGGUUUCUCUAAGGGAAGUUCGGAAAAAAAUGGAUGACAAAGAUAAGAAGAUUGAGGAGCUUACCGCAGAGUUAAGGAAUGAAAAACGUUUAUGCACCUUGUAUCAAGAACAAUUGUUUGCUUUUAUGAACGAUGUUGAAGGUUACAAUGCCCAGAUAACUAAGAAAGUUCAAGCUGUUCUUAUCAAUCUUAAAGAAACUGAGAACCAAGAACCAAAGCCUUAGCAACUGUGAUAGCAGUAGUUAUCUUGAAGAUGAUAUAGAGAUUAAAAAGUCUGGGACGGUUCAGGACCUUCAGGCGCAUAACAAUCAGCUGAUAAUCCCACAUCCCCAACCUUGAUGAUUAAGUGCCUUGAUGUUAUUGGAGGUAGUAGAGUGAUGCUGCAAAUUUGUGAGGUGAAGAUAUGAAAGUUGAAGAUAAAUUAUACGAAUAUCUUUAUUCAUAUAUAAAUCUUGCAGGAUAGGUAUUCUCUAAUGAUACUGCAGUACAGAAUUUUAGAUUCACUCUAUUGGUGCCCUUUGGCAUGUUUAUCUGUAAAUAAUACUCCCAUAGAAAAAUAUUGGUUACAUAAUGGAGUACUAUUUGGGAUAUUAUGCUUAUCUGUAAAUAAUACUCCCAUAGAAAAAUAUUAGUUACAUACAUGGAGUACUAUUUGGGAUAUUCUAAAAAUAUUUCACCUUUCCAAAAAUUGUACUCAUAGAUUAUGAAUGGUUUCCCAUAUAUACCUCUUACAAUGAUUGAGGGAGGUGGGUGGGACUCAACUUGUAUAUACUUGUAUGAGUUGUAUCCUAUGUUAAACUUGUAACUUUUACGAGUCGUGUUGGUGGGACACUUAUUUCCAGAUUGUGGAUCAUCUUUGAUUCUUCUCUGAUGCUAAUCAUGAAAAACUAUUGAGUAGCAGGAUGUUGAGAUCUGAAAUUGGCAUUACUCUUCUUUACUCACAGUAUUCCUGGAUCAGGCUUCGCCAGUCCGAACUUCCCACUACUGCCAUUGUGGUGUCUCAGCUGUAUCUCAGUCCAAGUCUGAAAUCGCCUGAAGAAAAGUGUAUAUAAGUGUAUGGAAUUGUGAGUAGCUCAAGUUGAUGACCUAAGUUUUUGGUAUGUGUUGGCCCACUGCCAAAUUGAUCUUAUACAUUACUGAAACAGUUGCCAUUUGCUCAACUAUGCAAUUAAUGUAGGGUUUUGAUUAUAUGCUAACUAGCUUAGUUGGUACAGAUUUAUUUUAUAGGGUGUUAUCCGAAGCCAAUACUUGUUGGCUUUAUUGUCUGUACUCUAUACGCUACAAGAAUGUACAGUAAAGGUAAUGAAAAAAAAAAAAAGAGAAACAUAAAUUUGCCAGAAUAUUUU